GCGCCGUGAGAUCCGCCAGGCGCUGCUGCCGUCGCGGUUAUCCUUUCUUCGUUUAUCCCUCAAACAAUGUUAUCUAUAUUCUACACGGCUCUCAAUUAUUUAUUCUCUGCAAAACUUAAAACCUCGGACUGAUUUCACCGCCUAAAGUUUGCCAUGGCGACAGUGGUGAUGGAGCAGAUUGGUCGCCUGUUUAUCAAUGUACAGCAGCUGCGUCAGAUCCCUCAGCUGCUGGAGUCGGCCUUUCCCACACUGCCCUGCACUGUGAAGUUGGCAGAUGUUCCCUGGGUGUUUCAGGAGCGUCACAUCCUCUCCGGCUACAGACAACCCGAUCAUAGCUGGCGAUACUACUUCUUUACCCUCUUCCAAAGGCACAAUGAGAGCAUCAACGUGUGGACCCACCUCUUGGCUGCCCUCAUCAUUUUGGUGAAGUGGCAGGAGAUCUCAGAGACGGUAGAUUUUUUGCGAGACCCUCACUCUCAGCCCCUCUUCCUUGUCCUCCUGACAGCCUUUUCCUACCUCUCCUUCAGCGCUCUAGCUCAUCUUCUCUGUGCCAAGUCAGAGCUCUCCUAUUACACCUUCUUCUUUCUUGACUACGUGGGGGUCGCUGUCUACCAAUAUGGCAGUGCCUUGGCACACUACUAUUACGCCAUAGAGGAAGAUUGGCACGCUAAAGUACGAGGGUUUUACUUACCCGCUGCAGCCUUCUUGUCCUGGCUUACUUGCUUUGGCUGCUGUUAUGGCAAGUACGCAAGUCCAGAGCUGCCCAAGUUUGCCACCAAGCUUUUCCAAGUGGUACCCUCAGCCUUCGCUUACUGUUUAGACAUAAGCCCUGUGGUUCACCGCCUCUACAGCUGCUACCAGGAGGGAUGCUCUGACCCAGUUGUGUCGUACCAUUGUUACCAUGUGCUCUUUUUCCUAAUCAGCGCCUAUUUCUUCUCCUACCCUCACCCAGAGAGUUGGUUUCCUGGGAAGUGUGACUUCAUCGGGCAGGGCCACCAGAUCUUUCAUGUGUUCGUGGCCGUGUGCACCCUGAUGCAGAUCGAAGCGCUACGAACUGACUUCACAGAGCGCCGCCCCCUCUACGAGCGUCUUCACGGCGACGUUGCACACGACGCGGUCGCUCUCUUCAUCUUCACCACCUGCUGCAGUGCUCUGACUGCGUUUUAUGUGCGCCAGCGUGUACGCACUUAUCUCCAUGAGAAAGAGGAGUAAAAAAAUAAAUAAAUAAAUAAAAAAUUUGAAGUGAGUUUAAAAGAAAAAAAAAUCUAAUUUGUUUUCCUCUGUGGUGAACAUUAAUCAAAAUAAUUUAAAUGUUUUAAUGUAAGUUAUCGGUUUGUGACAGUGAUUAUUUUGCGAUGUGAUCUGCCAAACUACAGUGAUCUGAUGAAGUUCUUGCUGAAGGUGAAAUGUAGAGACUGACUUGUGGAAAAAGGAAGGGAAUCUGUCUGACAGGGAACAGACAGGAUUUCAUUAAGCACUGAAAAAAACUCCCUGCACCCUUUGUUAUUCUAAAGAUGUGAAGUCAUAGUUUAAUGAAUGUUAUAAAGCACCAGACAAAAAUAUACACUGUUGUCUAUUAUAGUUACCUGAAAUAUUAACAGACAAGUUUCCUGAAAAAAAAAAUCAAUUUUACCCAAUCAAUUUUAUAUUUAGAAUUAAAUGUAGGAUUCCAAAUUAUGCAAAAAUGUAUUUUUACUUUUUUUGAGUUCUAUUUAUUCUAGUACCAGUCCCAGUCUAGUUCCAGCUGGUGUCCUUAACUUACCUUUCUGAUUCUUGUUUUUCUUUCUUUUUCUUCUGCCCCUCUCUUUAGGAAACAGAGCAGAGAUUUUAAGAAAUAUAUUUACUAAGGCACAGACUCUGUGCAACACAAAUGUAAAAACAUAUUCUUGGAAAGUUGAAAGCCUGAUUUGAAAACCAAAUAUUGUACCUCAAAUAUAAAUUGAGUUCUUUUUCUUUCUCUGGGUAAAAUCACUCCGUUGAAUUAUGUUGCAAAUAAGGCUGGCGCUCGGAAUAGGAAAAAUGGAUGGAAGAUUACUGAUGUCUCUUUGUUGUUGAGACAAUAUUCAUCUUUUUUUAUUCAAAGGGCUGGAACCUCAGCUUUUGCCUUUUCACAUCCCACGAUGUCAAUGCUUUGUGUGCAUUGUUUUCAUUGUUGGUUGAUCAGAUUUAACUCACAAAUGCCGAUGUCUGAGUGGUGUUCUGCUUUUUGUAUAUUUUAUUUGUUUUUUUGUAUGACGAAUAUGUAUGUGCCUCUACGCAUGUUCUUUUGGUAUAUACUGUGGAUGUUAAGUGUGUGAAUGUCUAUGAAAGCUUAGCCUUGCACUUCUUUCUUACCCUGUAAAUAAGCAGUAUUUCUCUAGAAAGUCCUUUGCAUUCCAUUAUUCCUCUUCUUUAUAACACUCAGGCAGCUGAAUGCAUUUUUCUGGUGGAAUACAGCACAUUUCUGUUUUGCUGCAUCCUUUCAGAGAGUCUUUUGUGUUCAGUGUCCAUCUGCCUAUCAGACUUUAAUGGUUAUAAAUACAUCAUUUCAUACUGUUGCACUGUUACUGUUUUUUUGUUUGCUUUGACUUUAGUUUUUGCACAUAGAUAUGCCUCAGUGAUAAUGUUUUUCAGAUUUUUAUCUCACAGAAUCAUAAAUGCUAAUGCCAGAAAUGAUCUAUAUUCAUUACAGCACUCUCUGUUCAUGAUGGUGUUUAAUGUGCCAAUGAAUCUGUUAUUGCUUCAGUGAUGGUACUACUAAAAAUGAAUUCAGAGACGGAUGUUAAGAGCGACAAGUUGAUUCAAGCAAAGUCCCGACCAGACUGCAAACAUUUCAACUAAUGACAUUUAUCCUUAAACCCUCUGUGAAACUACUAACUGUUGACUUUAGGAUACUGUAACUGAGAUGGUUUCAUCCUGCACUGCCUGAAUCAACACUGUAUACACUGUAGCUGACAACACUGGCUAUGUUUACAUGCAUGGAGAUGUUUUGCUGCUUAUGUGAUUUUUCUACUAAUGCGAAUCUCAGAAUAACCUGGGUAGACUUGAUGUUCAAAUGCCUGUGCAAGUUGCCUGCUGUAAUUGACAGAAAUAUGAAGUGACACAAGACUGACCAAUAAUAAAACAUUUAGAAGAUGCAGUGUUUUAUCUAAGUCUUCAUUACAGGUUUAUAAUUUCUAUAAAAUUGCAAAUUAAGCCUGCAGGUUUUUUGAACUUGCUGCUUUUAACACUGGGAUCAUUGUGAGGAUCAAAUUAAUUACUAUCGCACCAACCGUUUUGUCUGAGACAAACAGGGAGGUGACGUGUAUAUUUUGCAAAGCAAUGUUUUUCUAUGGUCACAUGAAGCAAACAGGACCAGCAGCGACAUGCAAAAAGCAGACGUGUGUGUGUGUAAACAUAGCCUCUGAUACAACCCAAAGUUUCCCUUUAUCACUUUAUGAAAGCAGGGUGAGAGGGACCAGAAUGUCUUCUGCCUCUAAAAAUAUGUGAUUGACUGUACUAAUAUCCUGUGGUAUUUAUGACAAUAAAGUGUUACAAUAA